UGUGUGUGAAGAUAGUGCUUCAGUCUGUCAGUCAGAAAGCAGCCUUGCCGGAGGGAGGAUUGUUCCUGCAGCUGUCUUUGUUUUCUGCAGGAGGAAGAGGAGGAGGAGGAGGCGCCUCCUGAAGAAGAAGAAGAGCCCCUCGAUCGGUCUGUGAGACGGAAGGAGGAGGAGGACGAAGGGAAGGAUAUGAGCUCCUCAUCAUCGGCUUAAACGGCAGAGUCAGACGGGAGGGGGAGGAGGAGGAGGAGGCGGGGAGGAUCGUACCUGAGAGCCCGGAGAGAGACGCUCGAGGAGCCGCAGACAUCAUGCCGGGCUUCGACUACAAGUUCCUGGAGAAGCCGAAGAGACGCUUCCAGUGUCCGCUGUGCAGCAAGGCCAUGAGGGAGCCGGUCCAGGUGUCCACCUGUGGGCACCGCUUCUGUGACACCUGCCUGCAAGAAUUCCUCAGUGAGGGCGUCUUCAAGUGUCCCGAGGAUCAGCUGCCUUUAGAUUAUGCCAAGAUCUACCCGGAUCCAGAACUGGAGCAGCAGAUCCUGGCACUGCCCAUCCGCUGCAUCCACAGCGAGGAGGGCUGUCGCUGGACGGGCCAGAUGAAGCAGCUGCAGGGCCACUUCUCCACCUGCGCCUUCAACGUGAUCCCGUGUCCCAACCGCUGCUCCGUCAAGCUGACGCGCCGCGACCUGCCCGACCACCUGCAGCACGACUGCCCCAAGCGUAAGGUCAAAUGUGAGUUCUGUGGCAGCGAGUUCACCGGUGAAGCCUACGAGAACCACCAGGGCGUGUGUCCUCAGGAGAGCGUUUACUGUGAGAACAAAUGCGGGGCGAGGAUGAUGCGGCGCCUGCUGUCCCAACACAGCAUGGCCGAGUGCCCCAAGCGCACGCAGCCCUGUAAAUACUGUGGCAAAGAGUUCGUCUUCGACACCAUCCAGAACCAUCAGUACCACUGCCCUCGCUUCCCGGUCCAGUGUCCGAACCAGUGCGGCACUCCCAACAUCGCCCGCGAGGACCUGGCCAAUCACGUGAAGGACAACUGCGGCAACGCCCUCGUCCUCUGUCCUUUCAAAGACGCCGGCUGCAAACACAGAUGCCCCAAACUGGCCAUCAGCCGUCACCUGGAAGACACCACCAAGUCCCACCUGACCCUGAUGUGCAACCUGGUGGGUCGGCAGCGGCAGGAGAUCAUGGAGCUUCGACGGGAGAUGGAGGAACUGUCCGUCAGCCACGACGGCGUCCUCAUCUGGAAAAUCAGUGACUACUCUCGCAAACUCCAGGAAGCCAAACUCCGGAGCAACCACGAGUUCUUCAGCCCGCCCUUCUACACCCACCGCUACGGCUACAAGCUGCAGGUGUCGGCCUUCCUGAACGGCAACGGCAGCGGCGAGGGCUCCCACCUGUCCGUCUACAUCCGGGUGCUGCCGGGAGAGUACGACAACCUGCUGGAGUGGCCCUUCUCCUACAAGGUGACCUUCUCCAUCCUGGACCAGAGCGACCCGUCUCUUUCCAAACCCCAGCACAUCACAGAGACCUUCAACCCGGACCCCAACUGGAAGAACUUCCAGAAGCCCUGCAGCAGCCGCAACUCGCUGGACGAGAGCACCCUUGGCUUCGGUUACCCCAAGUUCAUCUCGCACGAGGAGAUUAAGAAGAGGAACUACAUUCGAGACAACUGCAUCUUCAUUAAGGCUUCUAUAGAGAUUCCCCAGAAGAUCAUGGGUUAAGAUGUCACCCUUUUUUUCUGCUCAUGAAGGAGUAAGAUGGGUUAAAGACUGGAACUGGACCCUUGAGAACUUCUCCACAUUUACCCUUUAGAGACUUCCUGUCCUCAGCCUCUCCCAGCACGGAGCUUGAUGUGAGUCUGGUUGGUCACGAGCUGAAUUGGAGGAGCUGGAGAAGUGUUUGGUCCGCAGAACCAUCACUUUAUGCUGUUUCUUUUUAUUGUUACUGUUUUUAUACGUUGGUUGAUCUUUUAUCACGGUCUACAACUAAAAGCCUUUGAAAUCAAACAGUGCCUAGAGUGUUUAUAUUAAGUUAUGCUUUAGUUGUUGUUUCUGCAGUACUGAUGGUAAAGAAUACAGAGAAGAUGGAUGAAGGGCAUCAUCAAGCCGCUGCACAGAGUAGAUAAAUAAACUCGUCUUCAUCGGUCAUCUUAAGUAGAGGACGCUCAGCAAACUCAAGCUCAAACCCGAUUGCCUUUUGUUUACGCACUCAUACAUCCCUUAAGAAACAUGCAGUCCCUAAUAAGAACUUGUGAUGUUUAUCUGAACACAAACAAACCUGGAGACUUACAGCUAAACAGAAAACUUUCCACGUUUUUUAUGAAGAAUUUUAUUUCUCAACCAAAGGUGUAAAACUCAUUCAUGAAAACUUUUAGACAAAACCGCCUUGCUAUUUGCUUCUGCUAGCUUACAUUAUUUGCAAUAUCUCUGACUAUUUACGCUAGCUUUGGCUAGAAGGAUUAGCUUAGGCUAUUUGUGUUAGCUUAGGCUGUUUGCAUUUGCUUGGACAGUGGAUGUUAGUUUAGACUAUGCACGUAAGCUUAGGGUGUCUUCGUUAGCUUGAGUUAUGUUUUUUAGCUUAAGCUAUGCUUGUUAGCUUGAGUUACACUCUUUAGCCUAGGCUAUUCUCGUUAGCUUGAGUUAUGUUCUUUAGCCUAGGCUAUUCUCGUUAGCUUGAGUUAUGUNUCUUUAGCCUAGGCUAUUCUCGUUAGCUUGAGUUAUGUUCUUUAGCCUAGGCUAUUCUCGUUAGCUUGAGUUAUGUAGCUUGAGUUAUGCUCUUUAGCUUAAGCUAUGCUUGUUAGCUUGAGUUAUGUUCUUUAACCUAGGCUAUGGUUAACUUGAGCUAUGCUCUUUAGCUAAAGCUAUACUUGUUAGCUUAGACUAUGCUUUUAAGCUUAAACUAUGCUCGUUAGCUUGAGUUAUGCUCUUUAGCUUAAGCUAUGCUUUUUAGUUUGAGUUAUGCUUAUUAGCUUAGGCUAUGGUAAACUAGCACGUUGUCAAAUGAUCAAACUUUUAAUAGUAUGCUUUUUAACUUUUCAAACCAGACAAAAACACCUAAAAUGCGACAACAGCUUUAAAUAAAUUAACCACCGGCUGGAGGCAUUGUCUGUUUUAUUUGGGUUCUGACCCAGUCAGUAGUUUCAGGAGUGAACGGUUCAUUAUGUUCAUCAUCAAUAAUAAAAGCAACGCACCUUUCAGUUGGUUUGUUGGUGAACGAAGCUGUCAGAGUUCACGUGCAUUUACGAGUGAAGGAAAAAGCCAUGUGGCCUUUUAUACAGUUUGUCUUCUCAUGAGGAUUUUCUGGGUGAACAGAGCAACAGAUGCAUGCUCCAUGUCUCACCCCCGUUUUGUUUGUUUUUUACUGUAAGCUCUUUCCUUAUUGACUGUUCUCUCCUCUUUUUGGACCUUUUGAAAGUUGACGAAUCAUCAAAAAGAAAAGCUUUGAAGAUUUUGUUUUUAUAUUGAGAAAAUGUGAACGCUCUGGAUUGUAUAAUCCCUAAAGACAAUGAGCGCCUGGAUGAAGCGAACUGUUCGAUUUGCCCCGGUCUCCUGGGAUUGACUCCAUCUUUGUUCUUACCGUGGUUACCGGUGACUGUCUUCAGCUCAGUGAUGACGAUCGGCCCUUCGUCGAUCCGGGGCUGGGAUGACUUUGAUCCUACAGUUAACUCAUCAUAUAUGUGAAUACUAAUGUAAAAAAAAAGCGGAAGCACAUUCUUUUUAUUAUUACGUGGAAAAAAAUCUGAAUUUCUCGUCCUGAUACCAGCUGAUAUUUUACAGUGAUUCAAAGAAGCGAGAAAUUAAACAAUUUUUUUGUAAGAUUCUGUAUUUUUAAAGAUACUCAGCUGUUUUAUACAAUUUUUUUUGUUGUUGUUGGAGAGUCGGGGUUGGCUUCAGGGUUUUCAGACCCUUUUCAUCUCUUGAACGUUUGAAUAAUUUGUUUGUUCGUGUGGUUUGAGCCUUUUCUGUCUGUAUUGUUUCCUCUUUAAAAGUAUUUAUUUUAAGAAGCCAUCGUGUGAGUUUGGGCUGAUGGCUCUAAUGUUUUACCAUCUUGAUUGAUGAGUGCUCUUCAAUUUCUUAACUGAAAUAAAAUGGCAUAUAUUAUAACUGUU